AUGGUAUGUGACGUAAUCUCUUCCUCAUAAGCUCGGUCUCUCAGCAGUUCAUGUGUGUGAGUGAGUGUGUGUUCGUGUGUGUGAGUGUGUAUGGACACCUGAGCAGGUGAGAACAUGAAUCAAGAAAAACUGGCAAAACUCCAAGCCCAGGUCCGGAUAGGAGGGAAGGGCUCUGCGCGCAGAAAGAAGAAGGUGGUUCACAGAACUGCCACAGCUGAUGACAAAAAGCUUCAGAGUUCACUAAAGAAGUUGGCUGUCAACAAUAUAGCUGGAAUUGAGGAGGUUAACAUGAUCAAGGAUGACGGGACUGUGAUCCACUUCAACAACCCCAAAGUUCAGGCCUCUCUGUCUGCCAACACCUUCGCCAUCACGGGCCACGCUGAGACCAAGCAGCUGACAGAGAUGCUUCCGGGCAUCCUGAGUCAGCUGGGGGCCGACAGCCUCAGCAGCCUGCGCAGACUGGCUGAACAGUUCCCUCGGCAAGCUCUGGACAGCAAGGCUCCAAAGGCAGAAGACAUUGAGGAAGAGGAUGAUGAUGUUCCAGAUCUGGUGGGGAACUUCGAUGAAGCCUCAAAGAACGAGGCAGACUGAGGCUCAUGAGGUUCAUGUGCACGGGGACUGGGCUGCAAUGAAGGGAGAAACCUUCUCCGCUGUUUUUAAGUCUAGUUUUCCAGACAUAUCAGACACUAUCCCCACAAAACCAGAGACUUUUCUACUUUACAGUGGCCCGAGGAUGUCCCGAGUCAGACUGUGCACUUAGAAAAGAAAAACUCCCUCCAAAUGGUUAAAAUCCCACACUGUGUCAGUCAUGGUCAGGAUUACAGUGGUCAUUAAAGCUAGUUUUAAGAAUUUUUUUUUGUUUUUGUUUUUUUUUUGUAUAUGAGACACAAUAAAAUUGAUUUUAACAUUU